AUGACUCAUACUAGGCACAGUCUAAGUGAGAACGCGAUGCGUUUCCUUAACCGACCAAUCACCUAUCUCCUUUUGAUCGUUAUCAACAGUUUGUUACUGCUGUCGACCAAUGAGGUGUCGUGUCAGGAACCUGCUUUCGAACUUCCGGUUCAGCUGAUCGGAUUUCCGGUCAUCAUUUUGGCUGUCAGACUUUCGAAUUUCGUUAAGAAGUUGGCUUACAGCCUUAGUCCACAAACCUAUGCACCAAAUUCAUCAUCGCAAAUCCCGUCCAAUUACAAUUCGGCAAUUUCUUCCAACACUAUACAGAGAUCGAAAAGAUCGACACUCGAGAAUCUUCGACAGGACUUCGAAGUCAAUUUCGAUAUCGACGAAGCCGAAAGGAAAUUAGUGGCCUCUUUAGGGGAUGAUGUGUGUGUGAUGCAAAGGGUGUGUGUGCAACAUGCAGUCAAAUCUGUUGAAAGAAGCAAAAGAAAUGCCAAUUUGGAGACGAUUGCCAAAAGAUUUGGCAUGUUGGGAGAGCAACCCGAUUGGGAAGAGAUUUUGAGCGGAUACCUAUCGAGUUCCAACCAGGACAAACAAUGGUACCUCCUCAGCGUUUUCGUCGGUGACGUCAUGAAGGAUCCCGAUUUUUGCCGAAAAUUGGCGAAGAGGAGACCUUGCCAACACGACGGAGGCCAUAAUAUAUAA